GGAGCUGUUUACCCCCACUCUAAUAGGGGUUCAAUAUAAAAAGGCGGUGGAGAGCUGUCCAAGUCAGACGCGCCUCUGCAUCUGCGCCAGGCGAACGGGUCCUGCGCCUCCUGCAGUCCCUGCUCGCCACCGCCGCCGCCUGCCCCUGCAGACGCUCCGCUGCCUUCUCUCCUGGCAGGCACUGCCUUUUCUCCCCGUUAAAGGGCACUUGGGCUGAAGGAUCGCUUAGAGAUCUGAGGAACCCGCAGCACUUUGAGGGAACUGAAGCUGUUUUUCUUCGUUUUCCUUUGGGUUCAGUUUGAACGGGAGGUUUUUUAUCCUUUUUUUUCAGAAUGGAUUAUUUGCCCAUGAUUUUCUCUCUGCUGUUUGUGGCUUUCCAAGGAGCUCCAGAAACAGCGGUCUUAGGCGCUGAGCUCAGCACGGUGGGUGAGAACGGCGGGGAGAAACCCACUCCCAGCCCACCCUGGCGGCUCCGCCGGUCCAAGCGCUGCUCCUGCUCGUCCCUGAUGGAUAAAGAGUGUGUCUACUUCUGCCACCUGGACAUCAUUUGGGUCAACACUCCCGAGCACGUUGUUCCAUAUGGACUGGGAAGCCCUAGGUCCAAACGAGCCUUGGAGAAUUUACUUCCCACAAAGGCAACAGACCGUGAGAAUAGAUGCCAAUGUGCUAGCCAAAAAGACAAGAAGUGCUGGAAUUUUUGCCAAGCAGGAAAAGAACUCAGGGCCGAAGACACUAUGGAGAAAGGCUGGAAUAACCAUAAGAAAGGAAAAGACUGUCCCAAGCUUGGGAAAAAGUGUAUUUAUCAGCAGUUAGUGAGAGGAAGAAAAAUCGGAAGUUCAGAACACCUAAGACAAACCAGGACGGAGACCAUGAGAAACAGUGUCAAAUCAUCUUUUCAUGAUCCCAGGCUGAAAGCCAAGCCCUCCCGAGAGCAUUAUGUGACCCACAACCGAGCACGUUGGUGACAGACCUUCGGGGCCUGUCUGAAGCCAUAGCCUCCACAGAGAGCCCUGUGGCCGACUCUGCACUCUCCACCCUGGCUGGGAUCAGAGCAGGAGCAUCCUCUCUGCUUGCUCCUGACUGGCAAAGGACCAGCAUCCUCGUUCAAAACAUUCCAAGAAAGGUUAAGGAGUUCCCCCAAACUGUCCCCAUUGGCUUGCAUCGGUGGUAACUGCUUUGGUCUCUUCUUUCAUCUGGGGAUGACAAUGGACCUCUCAGAAAGCAGAAACGCACAGUGACAUUCGAAUUCGGGUGGCAUCCUCCAGAGAGAGGAAGGAGAUUCCAUACCAGGGUGGAGUUUCUGACGAAGGUCCUAAGGGAGUGUUUGUGUCUGACUCAGGCGCCUGGCACACUUCAGGGAGAAACUCCAAAGUCCACGCAAAGAUUUUCUAAGGAAUGCACAAAUUGAAAACAUACUCAAAAGACAAACAUGCAAGUAAAAA